GUCUUUUCUUGGUCCCAUUUUUCAGUUAGAAUCACGGUGGCGGAUUACCACAGAAUAAUAAACUCGCGCCACAUUCACCUGCGUUUUACAGGCUCGAAGCGGGCAACCCUUCAGGCUAAGUCGCCAAUCUUGCAUAUUGUGUGACUUCGCUUGUUUGAAGGAGGUUGACUGCUUGCAUCACGUGGCCGUAGUCAGCAUCACUAGUAAAGCAAGGAGCAAUCUAGGAGGCGGCGAGAGCUUUCGCUAUGGAGCAUCACGGCUGCGGCGCUCUCUGACUGUACGGGCUUUCAAACUCAUUCCGCUGGGACUGCACUUCAAACGCACAGGUUAUGCCACCCCACAGGCUGACUGGAACUCCAGCUGUCAAAGAGAAGGGCUGAUCCGGGACGCGUGCCCCUCCCCCCUCCCUCUCCCCCUCCCUCUCCCCUCCCGCUGCUGCCCUCCUGUGUCCCCAUGGCGACAGGAGGUCAUGCCCCCGAGACAGACGUGCUGAUCAACCUGCAUCAGGUUCUGGCAGAAGAAGAGAAAGGCGCUGCCGAUGGAGAGGACGAGGAGGACUGGGAGAGGGCGCUCUCUGUGGAGAGGUUCGGGGACAUCAUCUCCGAAUCGGCCGCCAGCAGCGGCGAGAAAAUGGGCCGCUGCUACAACGAGAAGGACUUUGAGUAUCACCGCCACACCUUCCACCACACGCACCACCCCCUCUCCACCCACCUGCCCCCGCCGCUGCGUUUCCGGAAGAGGGUGCUGAGCAUCGACCGGCGCAGGAGGAAGAAGCGCCGGAAAAAGAGGACCUCCAUGCCGCCCUCCGAGGUCACGCCCACCAUCCAGGAAGUAGACGAAGAGGAGGCGGAGUCAGAGGCGGAGGGGCGGGACCCGGUGGCCACCCCCACCGAGCAGGCAGACAGCAAACCAAAGUUCAGCCCGGGGAGCCAGGAGGACCUGGCCCCCCCGCUCCCCUUCACCAGCUUCCACAUAGAGAACGAGAGCCCGCCCACUCCAGAGGAGGCCACGCCCCCAAAGGUGGAGCCGGAGGAGAAGGAGCAGCCGCCGUGGGAGGAGCCCGUCAGCAGGUUCUCGGGCGCUCCAGAGCCUCCCAGCACGACGGCGCGCGGAUGGUUCCGGAGAAAGCCGCUGCACCGGGCGGCCGGGGCCCAGCGCGCCAGCUACGACCUGCGGGAGCGGAUCUGCAUCGGCAGCAUGACCGCCAUGGAGACCGCCGUGUACCAGAAGGUCCCCACCGACGAGGCAGAGGCCCAGAUGCUGGCCAGCGCCGACCUGGACGACAUGAAAAGUCACCGGUUUGAGGACAACCCUGGGGUGAGGCGGCACUUGGUGAAGAAGUCGUCCCGCAACCAGGUAACCCGGACUAGCAACAGCUCGCCGCCUACCUCUAGCAUAAAGAAGAGGACCAAAUCAGACAAGAAAGUCCACGAGGUCUUCGUGGAGCUCAACGAGCUGAUCGUGGACAAGAACCAAGACAUGCGCUGGAAGGAGACGGCGCGCUGGAUCAAGUUCGAGGAGGACGUGGAGGAGGAGACGGACCGCUGGGGCAAGCCGCACGUGGCCUCCCUGUCCUUCCGGAGCCUGCUGGAGCUCCGCAGGACCAUCACGCACGGUGCAGUGCUGCUGGAUCUGGACCAGACCACGCUGCCUGGCAUUGCUCACCUGGUGGUGGAGACCAUGAUCAUCUCUGACCAGAUUAAGGCACAGGACAGAGCCAACGUCCUCAGAGCCUUGCUACUCAAACACAGCCACCCCAACGAUGAAAAGGAAGGCUUCUUCCCCCGCAACCAUUCGGUCAGCAGCAUGGGCAGCUUCCAUCGCAACCACAACCACCUGCCCAACACCUCCCUGCCGCUGGUGUCCGAGGACCGCACGGAACCUCACACGACCAAACCUCAGGACCAUGAGAAAGAGGUGUUUGUGAGCUUGUUUAAAGCGCUUCACCCUCUUCCUGCGGAAGGGCACCCCGCCGUCAGGUCCAUGAAACUCCUGGCAAAGAUCCCCAAGGACGCGGAGGCCACUGUGGUCUUAGUGGGGUGCGUGGAGUUCCUGGAGCAGCCCGCGAUGGCCUUCGUCCGGCUGAACGAGGCGGUCCUUCUGGAGUCCGUCCUGGAGGUGCCGGUGCCGGUCCGGUUCCUCUUCGUGCUCCUCGGACCGAGCCAGGCCAACAUGGACUACCACGAGAUCGGCCGAUCGAUCUCCACCCUCAUGUCUGACAAGAACUUCCAUGAGGUGGCCUACUUCGCCGACGACCGGCAGGACCUCCUCAACGGCAUCAACGAGUUCCUGGACUGCAGCAUCGUGAUCCCGCCCUCAGACGUGGAGGGGAAGGACCUGCUGAAGACUGUGGCCUCCUUCCAGAAGCAGAUGCUGAGGAAGAGGAAGGAGCGAGAGAACAAGAAGGGCGUGAGCGCGACGCCCGGAGCCGAGACCGAGUCCAAGGAGGCGAGCCUGGAUGAGCAGGAGGAGGAGGAGAUGGAGGUGGACCCCCUGAGGCGGUCGGGGAUCCCCUUCGGAGGCCUCAUCCACGACAUCCGCCGCCGGUAUCCCCACUACGUGAGCGACAUCAGAGACGCCAUGGACAUGCAGUGCAUCGCCGCCGUCAUCUUCAUCUACUUCGCCGCUCUGUCGCCCACCAUCACCUUCGGCGGGCUGCUGGGCGAGAAGACGCAGGGCAUGAUGGGAGUUUCUGAGCUGAUCAUCUCCACCGCCACGCUGGGGGUGCUGUUCUCGCUGCUGGCGGGACAGCCGCUGCUCAUUAUCGGCUUCUCCGGACCCCUGCUGGUGUUCGAAGAGGCCUUCUACAAGUUCUGCCAGGCCCAGGGGUUCGAGUACCUGACGGGCCGGGUGUGGAUCGGCUUCUGGCUCUUCUUCAUCGUCCUGGUGAUCGUGGCGGCGGAGGGGAGCUUCUUGGUGCGCUACAUCUCGCCCUUCACCCAGGAGAUCUUCGCCUUCCUCAUCUCCCUCAUCUUCAUCUACGAGACCUUCUCCAAGCUCAUCAAGGUGUUCAGCGAGCACCCCCUGCUGAAGAGCUACCCCCCGCCCAGUACCCAGAACCUGUCGCAGGGGGAGGGCGCGCAGGACGGGCCCCUGCUGAACCAGCCCAACACCGCCCUGCUCUCCCUCGUGCUCAUGCUCGGGACCUUCUUCGUGGCUUUCUUCCUCAGGAAGUUUAGGAACAGCCGCUUCCUGGGGGGAAAGGCCAGAAGAGUCAUAGGAGAUUUUGGGAUUCCCAUUUCCAUCCUGUUCUCCGUGAUCGUGGGUUACUCCAUCCCUGAUACGUACACGCAGAAGCUGAACGUGCCCUCCGGUUUCUCGGUCACGUCCCCGGACAAGCGGGGGUGGUUCAUCAGCCCGCUGGGGGACAAGGAGCCCUUUCCCGCCUGGAUGAUGGGCGCCUCCAUAAUCCCCGCCCUGCUGGUCUUCAUCCUCAUCUUCAUGGAGACUCAGAUCACCUCGCUGAUAGUGUGUAAGAAAGAGCGUCGGCUGGUGAAAGGCUCGGGGUUCCACCUGGACCUGCUCCUCAUCGUCUUUCUGGGCGCCCUCUGCCCGCUCUUCGGCCUGCCCUGGCUGACCGCCGCCACCGUGCGCUCCGUCACCCACGUCAACGCGCUGACCGUCAUGAGCAAGGCCACCGCCCCGGGGGAGAAGCCCAUGAUUCAGGAGGUCAAGGAGCAGCGGGUGACCGGCCUGCUGGUCGCUGUGCUCGUGGGCAUGUCCAUCGUGAUGACGGACGUGCUCCGCACCAUCCCCCUGGCCGUGCUGUUUGGGAUCUUCCUCUACAUGGGCGUGACCUCGCUCACCGGGAUCCAGCUCUACGAGCGCAUCAUGCUCAUGGUCACGCCCGCCAAGCACCAUCCCGACCACAUCUACGUCACCAAGGUGAAGACCUGGCGCAUGAACAUGUUCACCAUGAUCCAGCUGCUCUGCAUCGUGCUGCUGUGGGUGGUCAAGUCGACCGCGGCCUCGCUGGCCUUCCCCUUCAUCCUCAUCCUCACCGUCCCGCUCCGCCGCCUCGUCCUCUCCCGCAUCUUUGAGGAGCGUGAGCUCAAAGCGCUGGACUGUGAGGAAGAGUCUCCUAAUUUUGACGAAGACGGCAGGGACGAGUACAACGAGCUGCACAUGAAUGUAUAAAAACCACGCGGGAGGCGCACCCUGAAAAAGCCAACACCGCAACGCUGAACAGGGUGGGGAAGGGCGGAGCACUUACUGGGUGUGGGGCGGGUGUGAGUCUGCCUGCGAUGGAGUGUAGCACGCUGACUAACCUAUUGUGCUGCGCGCGUGUUGGCGUGAGUUCGGAGAAUCGGGGUAUUUUUAUUUAUACGGUCGUGUUUCUGUAUGCGAGAGUUGUUCUGUGACACACGGGUCCUUGAGGGAGGUACACUCCUUCCUCCGUUCAUUUUGUUCGUUUCACUUCUGUCCGGUUCAACAAAACUUUUUUCAAAAAUGUGACCAUCUACUCUGUGCUUCACAAGGUGCAAGACAUGGGUGGCUUUCUUUUCUUUUUUUAGUAUUUAUACUGAACUCCUUCUUGUGUUUUAGAGGCUAGGGUGUGUUUCCGGUCCCUUAGUGACGGACGUACGGGAGAGGGUGGCGUAUGGGUAACGAGCACAGGUGCAUUGUGGGUAUAGCGU